UAUUAUUUUAUUCUCACAACAAUCUUAUCCGGACGGUGUUGUGCGACCACUCGCGUAUAAUAUUUUGUCAGUUUGCCACCUUUAAUUGAGUUUAAUCGGUUAAUAUAUUAGUGUGCAGCGGUCACGUUACCGAUGCGGUCUUCGUCUCGAGUGACAGUAACGGGUCGUCAAGGCGCAGCAGUCAGUAUUGCGGUAUACGGGAGAAGAAUAUUUAGCUUCUCGACUUUGUAACAGUACCGAAGUAAUAAUAAGGGAGCGCGAAAAAAAAAUUUAAAAAUCUAAAUAAGAAAAAACCGGCCAUAUCCGAAAUGUCGUUUGUUACGGCAGUAGCCGUGCGGUACUUGCCGUUUUUGGCGAUGACCGUGGCUUUUCAUUGCUUGACUGCUGGCGGUUACGUGUACAAAACCGAAUACUUCACAGUGCCGGUAAGUAUAUACCACCGAUAUUUAAUGACAUAUUUCGAUAUUCUAACCGGGGAAAAUCCCGUAAACGAAUUUCGUGCCCGACAUUUGUAAAUUGUUUUAUUUACGGGAAAAAAAAAAAAAAAAGGCUUCGUCAAUGCAUCAACCAAAUCGAAAGUACUACGAGAAAGUUCCAAGUUAAUGUGUAAACCUAUCGCGUGAUCUAUGUGUGAUCUUUGAUUUUUCAAUUUCCUUUAAAAAACACCAUAAUAUUAUUAUUAUUAUUACACUACAUUAGAGUUAUCAAAUCUGCUUCGAUCUUAGGUUUUAUAAUCAGGUUUUAAAAACACGUAGAGACUUGAAACUUGGUAAUAAUAUUUAAUCCGGACUUACCUAGACGUGGUAGAAUUUCCAAAAUCAUCAGACGACUUUUUUUUAGUAAGUGUUUUGAAAUCAAAUUUAAACGAAAAUCGCAAAAAAAAAAUUAUGGCACUUCAAAUUAUGAAUUACUGAACUGCGCUCAUAAUCGUCUUUCGUUAAGCAAUGGUUUAUAAUUCCUUAUAGAUAUAAAUAAAAUAGCCUUAUGUGUCCCACUUUCCCAGUACCCACCUACAACAGUGGCUGCACCUAUCUCCAGUAUCAGCUCUUUAUUUUUGUAUUUGAAUAUUAUUGCAUGUACAUUUGUACACAAAAAAAAAAAAAAAAAAAUGUAUUAAUCGAAUCAGUUAAUCCGUUGAAAUAUAUACAAAUAAAUAAGUUUUUGAUUCUUGUCUUGCUCAGAAUCUAAAAAACAAUUAUUUAUAUUGAUUCGAAUGGGAUACAUUAACGAAUGAAUUAAUCAAAUUGGCGGUUCAAAAUAUACGUUAAUGAUUAUUCAUCAUAAUAAUAAUAUUCACCUACAAAUGAGUAUAUCAUAACAACUUUAGUUUUGUUUAUCAAUUUCCGGAAUAAUGUUUUAUAAUUCUUUUUCUAAUCGGUAAAGAUUAUAACGUACAGUUGAUAAUGAUUCGAACGUACUUCUGCAGGUGUUUAAAUGUAUACCGAGUUAACCUUUCAAUCUUAUUUUAAAUCAAUUUUAUACUAGUUUUGUUGAUUCGAGUACCAACAUUUUAUUAUUUUCUCACGUAAUUAAACUCGUAUUGUAAUCGUAUUUUCUUACAAUGUUUUGAAUAAUAUAUUUCCUUCACCUUUAUCUCUACUAUUGAUAAUUUGAGGUAGGACAACAACAGAAAAUUUCACAAACUUUUUACACUAAUAUUUGAACCUUUAUACAUUUCUUUAUCAAAUUAUAAUACACCUAUACAAUCUCGUAACUCCUUUUCUUAUUAACGCACAAAUCAGAACUUUUCUCGGCACUGCCAUAAGCUUUCUCUAAAUCUACGAGUAUACCAGUCGCUUUCCCAAUACGUUUUUUCCGAUUUUACCCAAUAAUUGUGAAAACCGUUUUUGGAAAGUCAAAAAAAAUGAUCUUCUCACUGCACCAAUUAGAUCCGAAAUACAAAAAAAAAGCUUUUUUAGUAAUCAGUGACUGGAGUAAGAUUUCUGGCAAAAAAGUGGAUUACAGACAGAAAUAGAAAGAACACAUGUGAUAAAAUCAAUAAAUCUCUCGCUCCACUCAGAAUCUAAAAUAAUGAUGAAACAAACUUUGAAAAUAAUUUUAGGUAUUAUUACUGUAGAUAGGUAUUAUUACUAUACCAAAAUUAAUAUUUACCAAUAUAAUAAUAUAUUGAAAACACAAAAUAUAUUAAAUCUUGUACUAUCUAAAAAUGUAAAAAGUAUGUAUGAAAGUACCUAUAAUAGGUAUUUCGUGGUAAGUUCACAUAUUUAAAAUAACGUACAAUUUUUUUUUUAUAUAAUACAUUUUCGUCAAAAUUUGAUACUAAAAUUCUUAUAAAAAGAUUUUAAAAAGUUUGUAAUGAACCUCUUGUUAAAUUUUGAAAAUGCCUGUUUGGUCAAACAAUUUAAUUCAAAAAGUACCUAUUUUUUAAAACCUACUUAAAAAACUCGGAAAAUUAAAAUGUUUUUAAAUAGUACAGAAAUGGCUCAAACGUUUUUAAAUUUUUAGUUUAUAAAAAGCUAGUAAAAGUAUUCUGUUUCAGUGAAUAUUUUUAACGGAAUUAAAUUAAAAAAAAAAAAAAAAAAUUUAAAAUAAUAAAAGAAUUAUUUUCGUAAAUUCGCCCAUACUUUCUACGUAUUUUUCGCUUUUGCUCAAUAUUUAAAACACUACAAAGAAAAUCAAAUAACGAUUUUCAUGGUCACCAAUUAGAUUACUAAUGCAACAAAACAGGUCUCUAAUCGUUUUUCUAUUGGAGAAAUAUUAUGGUUGAAAAUAUAAGUUGCAUACAUUAAAAACAAUGAAAUCGGUAACGUCGUGUUACGGCAUAAAUAGUUGCCGUUUUACAUAUAUAAUUUUCUCUCGCGUUUUUCCAAAUUCCUUGGAAAAUCAAAGACAAAAAUUACCUCUUUAAUGCAGACAAACUUUUCUUUCAGAAAAGAUGCUAUAUUCUACUAUACAUCGGUGCUAGAUUUAUUUUCGAAAAAUUGUUCACAGACAAAAAAAAGGAAAAAAAGCAUAGAUCAUAGCAUAACCAAUAGUUUCCUCACUACGCUCCGAAUCUAAAAUACACACACUGUAAAACCAUAGAUCGCUACGCUCUGAAUAAAAUAUUUUCAGUAAUUUUUUUAUCAUGUAUAAACAUCAUUUACACUUAAAUUUUGACGAAAAUACUCGUACACUGCAAGCACACGGAAAAUCACUUUUUUCAAAAACGAAAUUAUAACUUUUUAUAUUUUUAAUAAGUUUUUUUCCCAUUAAUAUUUUAAGAAGUUGUUUUCUGUGCACCACAUAUGGGAGUAGCCAAAAUUAAAUCAGAACUGAAAAAGAUCAUAAUAAUAUACUCAGUAUUACACUAUACAUUAUGGUAUUAUUAUUGUACCGUAAACCGAGGGUUGAGUCAAACGGAUUCUCGGGGAAUAUACGUUUUUUAAAUGUAUUAAUUUUUUUAUCACACUCGUUUUACAGAUUGAAAUGUUAUUAUUAUUUUCUAUUCGGACAGGUCGACCAUUUCAGUUUUACCAAAAACGACACGUUCCGGAUGAAAUACCUGAUAAACGACAUGUACUGGGCACGGGAGAACGGGCCGAUAUUUUUUUACGCCGGCAACGAAGGGGCGAUCGAAAUAUUCUGCGAGAACACAGUAAGUGAAAUACUAUACAAUAAUAUAAAAGGAGUAUAUGCAGGAUUUGACAAUUUCCUAUAUUCGAAUCGUGCAUUAUACAGUUCCCGGUAUAUGCGUAUGAUGAAAAAAAAAUAUAUCUAUACAUUGUGUUCAACAGAUUUUCUAGAUUUUUCUUUAAUUUCAAUUUGAGUUGUUGUUGUUGUUGUUUUUUUUUUUUUCUGAAGGAAAUAUCUCUGAGCAAAAUUAAAUCUUUAUUUUCAUUCCGUAAUCAUUAGACAUAAAAAAAAAUUUAAUUUAAUUUAUUAAUUUUACAAAAUGUUCAGAAUAGCCAAUUUGUAAAAUAUAAUUGUACCUUAGCAUAUCGUACCGGUUUGAAGGCCAGUAAAUUUUACACGUCCCGCAUAGUUUAGAAGUUUCUAAGUCUAUUUUCGAUCAAUAUAGGUGCUAGGGUAAGCUUCCUCAAGCACCCAGAAUAAUGAAGAUGGCUUUGGGGGUUAAAAUGGGGUUACAAAUUCCGAAUUUCAAGUAACAAAUUACAACAAAUUAUCACGUGUUAACGUAAGUGAGCUCAAUAAAUCCAAUUAUUUCCUACGUGGUAUUCAGGUUUUUCACACCUUUUCUCUGAAAAUUAAAAUGACUGUGACUAAGAAACUUUUAAUCAAAUACAAAUGUAUGAUACAUGAAAAUGUUUAGAAGAAUUUGUAAAAUUAAUAAAUACAAUUUUAUUUUUCACUUUUUUUUGAAACUGUAGGAUGAAAAAUUAAAUUUUUUCUCUAAACAGGUGUCUCCCCCCCUCUCAAAGAAAAGCAGAUUGAAAAAAAAAAAACAAUUAAACAAAAUUGAAUAUUAACAGCUCUAGACAAAAUAACGCCGAACACGGUAUGGGACACUCUGUAUAAUAUAUGCCUCUUAGUAUUUUCUCUGACCCCGUCAUCCGGAUAGUCCCAAUCGCAGACGUCGUAACGAAUUUUAUGCCGCAGGGUUACAUGUGGGAAAUAGCCGAAGAUUUCGGGGCCAUGCUCGUGUUCGCCGAGCACCGUUACUACGGAGUGUCAAUGCCGUACGGGUCCCGGUCCUACGAUAACCGCAGUACGCUGGGCUACUUGACGUCGGAACAGGCGCUCGCCGACUACGUGGACCUCUUGACGUACCUGCGGCACAACGGAUCGCACGCGAACGUCGGCGGAUAUGACGGCGCGAACGAAGACCUCAACGGGCGGCGGACUCGCCCCAGCCCGGUGAUCGUCUUCGGUGGUUCGUACGGCGGCAUGUUGGCCGCCUGGUUCCGGAUCAAGUAUCCCGCGGUGGUGGAAGGGUACGUAUAAUCGCCAUGAUAAAAUGUCAAACGGUCCCGGGACAAAGCGCGUUCCCGACGGAAACGACAGUCGGGAAGACGGUCGCCAAACACGGAUCCGUCUGCGUUUUCAGCGUGUAUUUCGAACACGGCAAGUCCCUUUUGGCUUUCCGACGCCCGAACAAUAAUCGUUACCAGUCGUUCUGCGAUCAUCGCCAAAACGCACUAGUAGCGCGUAUUUUACUUGAAAUAUAUUAUUAUUGCUAUACUUUGAUGAAUAUAUCUCGUUUGAAAAUGUUAACUUGAAUAACAAUAAUAUUGAUAUUUAUUGCAACGAUAAAAUAUUGACAAUAGUCACGUCUUGAUAUAACUUGUAAAUGCAUAUUGUAGCGCCCCCUAUAAGCGGAGCUUGUGCUCGGGGAGCGGUACUCAGCAAUUAAAGCGCACCGGUUAGUAAUGUGAUAGUAUAAAAUAUAAUAUUAAUGUAUAGUAGUAUCGAUUUAAAAUAUACUGUAAACAGUAAUCGAUUAAAUGAUAAAAGGAAAAAUUAUUAUUUUGUUACGCAUAAUUAUCGAGUUACAAACAGAUAUUAAAUAAUAGAUAAAUUAAUACGCCCGAUAUGAUUUUUGGAAAGACUUCGAAAUCACAACAGCCAUUUACAUUAAUAUUUGACGAUUGACACAGUUUUAAACCUUGAUAUAAGAUGCCUCUUUGGUCAAUAACUUAGUUGGGCACAUAGUCAAAUCUGUUAUGUAAAACCUUUAAAAUAUAAUAAAAUGCGAGGUCUGGUGAAAUAUUUUUUUUUUUUUUUUUUUUAUAAUUUAUAAUUGAACUGUUGAACGAAAUGUUAAAUAUUAAACCUUUUUAUUUUAUGUUUAUUAAAUCUCGACGAUUAUUAAUCAACGUUUAGCUGUUAACGUAUUUAAACGAUGCGUUUAACGAUUACAAUUACGAAAACGUUUACUUGGUGUGCGCAGAAGUUAACAGUAUAGUAUAACACUCGAGUGUGUUUUUGUGAUUUCGCAGAGCUAUAGCUUCGUCCGCGCCGAUAUGGCAGUUCACGGGGAUGACGCCGUGCAACGCGUUUUACAGGGUAACGUCGUCGGCAUACACGAGUACGAGUGCCGAAUGCGGUUUGACGAUAUCGGCGUCCUGGAAGGCUAUCGACAAUAUCACCAAAUCAAGUAUACAUAGCGCAAUUAAAACAAUAUCGUAUGCCGGUGGCGUAAAUUGGCCUGUGCAAAUGUGGCGCAGUUUUUUUGUCCACUGCUAUGCUCGCAUAUUAAAUAUAUAAUAUUAUUAGCUAAUAUAACUAAUAAAGUUUUUACUGUUCAAAUAAUUCAAUACUGUAAUUUAUGUAAAAAAAAAAAAAUAAAAUAAAAAUCGUUAGGGGGGUGGUAAUCAACUGUUUAUCAGACAUCAAGCGUUUACCGAGAGGAGAAAGUUUAAGUAUUAGUGGGUUGGAAAAUUAACCAGUAAUCGAGACCAAUUUACACCACUGUUGUACGCGAUAUUUAAUCGGGAUUAUUCGAUUCGAUAUAAAAAAAAAAAAAAAAAAAACACGAUGCGUAUUGAACGGCAAUGUGUAAUAUUUUAUGAUUUUAUUGCGCGCGUAAUUUCCGCAGACGAAGGGAAAUCUUGGCUGUCGCGAAAAUGGAAAUUGUGCACACCGUUGUCGGACGACAGUGACGUUGUAAAUCUGAAAUUUUGGGCUCAGAAUGUUUAUGUGAAUUUGGCCAUGGUAAAUUAUCCGUAUCCGGCAAAUUUUCUAGCACCGCUACCAGGACAUCCGAUAAAGGUGAUUUUUUUUUUAAAUACUAUUGUCAUCGGUGAAUGACACUCGUUCGAAAAUCGUUGAAAACCGAGUUCGAAAAUGACGGCGGUGAAUUUGUUGCCAACCUAAAAUGUUCGUAAAUCUCAUGUAUAUGGUUUUAUUUUCAUUCGUGGGUACACGUUGUUUUGUGAACAAUCGUUCAUCAAUUUUUCAUCAGACAAUACCAGCAGUGAGUACCCAGAUUACUGAUUACCAAUCUUCUCAAAAUUGUUCUAAUUUCAACGGAUUUAGUAGAUCCGGAAAAUUUGCAUAAUACUAUAUUAUAUACACAUUAAAUACAUAUUGUAAUAAAUUAAAAUAAAAUAAAUUAGUACUUAUAGAAUAGCGGUCAAGAUAGUAAUACUAGGGUAAAUUAUUUUUAUUGACUUGAAAUUGUGUUACGAUUGAUAUAGGCGGUAAAAUAACUAGAGUUAAUGUAUUACAAAAAUAAUUGUUCUUUUCCAUUAAACAAUAUAAGUAAACGUAUUACUUGAAUUAAAAUAUUUGAGCUACUUUGAAUUGAAUAAUACAUUUUUGUUAUAUUACGCAUCAAUAGUGACGCGAUUUAACUCGUUAAGUAACGGUGUAAACAAUAACCCACAUUGCCGUAUUAAUUAUUAAGAAUAAAAUACUAAAACUUAAAAAAUUAAAAUUAUUUUCGGACGAUUGGUGUUCAGUGAUAGGAAAGUCGACUCUAUUCGUCUGAUAAACAUUCGUCUACUCUCCUCUGAGUAAUAUACAUAAUAAUAUUAUUAUUAUCUAUAUCCCUGAUAAAAAUUAUUCUGAAACUACGCAUUUGUUCGUAGGCAAUCGUUGUCGAUUUUCGAUUUCAGACCUUUAUCAUUCUUUGAAACCUUAUCAUCCACUGCAGUAGAUAAAACCGCAUUAACACGGUCCAGUAAAAAAAAAAAAAAAAAAAGAGAGGACGAUUUUAUUAUUGGACAACAAAUAUAUACCAGCUCAUUUUGUUUUAUCAAAGUAUACCGAAAAUAAACCCGUGAUAACAAUUAUAAUUAAAUGUAUAAUUGGAUAAUAUAUCGGAUUACGUACACGAUGUAUUUUCAUGUGUAAACAUAGGAACUCUGUAAGCCCAUGAAGAACCACACGGAAGACACUUUGACGCUGUUGGAUUCGGUUUUUAAAGGUUUAAACGUCUAUUUUAAUUACACCGGCAAGUCUGAGUGUUUAGACGUUUCGUCCACCAGUCUUACGUUGGGCGAAAAAGGAUGGAACUAUCAAGUAAUUAUGGUCUAACCUAUAACCUACAGGGUGGAAAUCCUUUGUAAUGAGAUAUACAAAACGAUUUACGUACGAAAUCAUAUUUUUUUUAGAGUUGCACCGAAAUGGUUAUGCCGUUGUGUUCGAACGGAAUUAACGAUAUAUUCGAAAAUUUGACGUGGGAUUUUCAAAAAAAUUCCGAUUACUGUUUUAAUACUUUCGGCGUCCGGCCCGUUGCCGAUAUCGUCGAGAAAACCUACGGCGGUAAAAACUUGAUCGCAGCGUCGAAUAUAAUAUUCAGGUGAUGUUUGAAAUUUCACGACAAUUAAAUAAGAAAAAUUCAAUUUUUGAAAUUUUCUCACCACCGUAAUAUCAUGAACUCCCAUGUAAAGAAUAAUAUUUUCACUUAUCGGUAACCGCAUGCAGUGUAAUUACCUAUACUAUGUUUAUUGUAAUCGCUGUCAUUCAUUUUUCCGUUGAAAUUUCCACCUCAGAUUAUUGCAACAGUUACUUAAUACCACUGGUUAUCAACGAGUAGUAGUACUAAUAGUAUUGAUCUGUUUCUUCUAUUACGCAUCAAAAUGUCCCAUUAAAAUUCGGUAUCUAUUUAUUGUAUACAAUUAAAACAGAAAAUUAAUAAAAAUUGAAUAGUUUUACAAAUAUUUAAAAUAUAACCAGAUUUCUGUUACUUAUUUAAAAAAUAAAAAAUUGGUUAAAUUUUUAUGUGGCGUUUUGCUGCGUGAUAGAGGGAACAAAUCUAUACUACUAUGAGUAUAAAACAAAACUAUACCAAUAAUAUUAUAAUAUUUAUUUAAUUAUAAAUUAUAGUAACGGUUUGUUGGAUCCGUGGUCUAGCGGCGGAGUGUUGCAGACUAUUUCGAAAACCGUACGCGCAGUGGUAAUGGCCGAAUCCGCGCACCACUUGGAUUUGAGAGCGUCCAACGUUUUGGAUCCGGAAUCUGUGAUCAAAACCAGAAAGUUUCACAAAAAUUGGAUAAAAAAAUGGAUAGCCCAUUAUUGGAAAUAUCCGGUACGCGAUCCGGACAACUCGACGACGUCAAAAUUUCUUUUUUGAUUUAACGAUAUAAUUAAUUUAAUAUAAUUUCGAAUUUUUAUGAAAUAGAAUUUGUAUAUUCUGCACCCUAAAAAAUAAUUGUGGAUUUAAUGCGAAUCGAAAAAUAGUUUAAUUUUUUUUUUUUUUUGGAAAUUAAUUUUCUACUAUAAAUAAUUCAUGUUCAUCAAGUUUCGACUGGUUUUGUUUGGCGAUGAUCACGAUAUAUUUUAUACACACUAUUUUACAAAAUCAGCACCGAAAAACUUCACACCAAGAAAGAAAAUAGACGAACAUACUUUGCACGAUGGGUGGGCCACUGUUGUAGGUGAGAAGUUGAGAAGUUAGGAUAUAGAAAAAAAAUCUAAUCUUUACGUAGCGAUUAAUUUUUUUUAACGUUUUUUUUUUCGAUUUUCACAUUUGAUGAGAAAAUUGAAAAAUAUUAGCAGUUUAUUUAUACAUUUAUUAGCAUGAAAAACACCGUAGGCCAUAGUGCAGUGUAUACGUAGAGUAUAGCCGUGCGGUCGAAUUUGUGGUAAUUGAAAGUUAUAGGAUAACCAAAUCGGUAAUACAUUUUUAAAAUAUCAACACAAUAAUAAACGAAAACAAACGUAGUUUUUUAUUGGCAACGCCGCAUGUGAUUGCACACACAUAUUUUGUUGAAAUGAGAUAGAGUAUACGGAAUUCUCGUAGGGGAAAAGAGAGGCCCUUGUGCGUAUCAAGUACAACGAGGUAUAGAUUAUAUAGCACGCAAAGAUAAAAUGUAGUUUAAUUAGAAAUCCUCAAAGCCUUAUCAGAAAUAUGCACAUGGGUGCCUAGAUAUAUGGGACAUAAUAAAAUCAAACACAAAAAAGUACUUGAAAUAAAAUUAUAUUUGAAAUUUUGAAGUUCAAGGGGGGGGGGCAGAUUCCCCGUCUUGCACCCACUCUGGAUGCCCACUCCGGACGCUCAUAUUAUAUUAUGUACACUAUAUUAAAUUAACGAUGGAUAGACAUUACAAAAUUAUAUAGAAUAAUAAAUUACUGCUCUCAGAAUCAAACGAGUCACAAAUGUGUAUAAAAAUAUUGGAAAAAAAAGACGGACAUACAUCGCAUGCGGGUGUAGCCACUGUUGAAGGUGGGAAGUUGGGAAAAUUGGAUACAAAAAGGAAUUUAAUGUAUAUCUGUAAGCAAGGAUUAACCAUAGCUCACGAAAAAGCGAUUCUAAGCGGAGUUCAGUUGAUAGUGUAAGCUCAAGUAUAGAAUAAGGAAAUAUAAUGUAAAGAUUAAUAAUUAAAAGAAUGUAUUGAUAUCGAAAUUUAUUUAAUUUAAUAAAACUCGGUCUAUAGUAUUGAUUUU